AUGGCGCAGGUAUUUACCUUAACAGUGUUUUAUGAGCUCCAGGUAGAGAUCGAAGCUGCAUGUUUUUAUUGCAGUGUUGUGGGGAUCCAUGCAUAUGCUGGCAAGUUGUUUGAAAGAUUGGGGUUUGUUUGCCGGCAUAUGUUUCUUGUGUUCAAAGAUGCCGAAAUGGUGAGCUUGCCAUCGCGGUACAUCGCAGCACGAUGGUGUAAGCAAGAAGGACUAGCUAGCUGGUGUGCUCGAUGUUCUGACUGCCCUCCUUUAGAAACUGUGCCUAGUCAGUUGUGGACUGAGAUACACAAUUGUGCCGUGAUAGUUGGAAGCAAUAAAGUGCGCCAAACGCGAAUGCUACAGGUAAUAAAAGAAUUAAGAGACGAGUUUCUGGGCGAUGGUAUGGACGUUGACCCCCCAAAAGGAAACGGUGUUGCCAUUGCAGCUUUGUGCGGUGUGGAGCCGCCGACGUCCAUAAUUAUCAAACCGCCAGCUCAAGCAAAAAACAAAGGACCGGCAAGCGAAUUAAAAGCCAACGCGAGUUAG